AUGCCUGUUCCCAUGCAUGAUUUUUCAAUGUCGAGGUGUUGUUCCCGAUUCUUAUUUCUCAUCCUUCGUUUCUUUUUCCCUACAUUAUCCUUUCAUGUGUUUCUUUUUUCUAGAUCCUUCGUUUCUUUUUCCCUACAUUAUCCUUUCAUGUGUUUCUUUUUUCUAGAUCCUUCGUUUCUUUUUCCUUACAUUCUCCUUUCAUGUGUUUCUUUUUCAAGAUGCUUAGUUUCUUUCUUCUUCCAUUCUCCUUUCAUAUCAUUAGUUUCUUUCUUUUUCCAUUCUCUCCUUUCAUGUUUUCUUUUUUCUAGAUCCUUCGUUUCUUUUUCCCUACAUUCUCCUUUCAUGUGUUUCUUUUUCAAGAUGCUUAGUUUCUUUCUUCUUCCAUUCUCCUUUCAUGUGUUUCUAUCCUUAGUUUCUUUCUUCUUCCAUUCUCCUUUCAUGUGUUUCUUUUUCAAGAUGCUUAGUUUCUUUCUUCUUCCAUUCUCCUUUCAUGUAUGCUUAGUUUCUUUCUUCUUCCAUUCUCCUUUCAUGUGUUUCUUUUUCAAGAUGCUUAGUUUUUUUUCUUCUUCCAUUCUCCUUUUCAUGUGUUUCUUUUUCAAGAUGCUUAGUUUCUUUCUUCUUCCAUUCUCCUUUUCAUGUGUUUCUUUUUUUCAGAUGCUUAGUUUUUUUCUUCUUCCAUUCUUCUUUCAUGUGUUUUCUUUUUUCAAGAUGCUUAGUUUUCUUUUCUUCCAUUCUCCUUUCAUGUGUUUCUUUUUCAAGAUGCUUAGUUUCUUUCUUCUUCCAUUCUCCUUUCAUUUUCUUUCUUCUUCCAUUCUCCUUUCAUGUGUUUCUUUUUCAAGAUGCUUAGUUUCUUUCUUCUUCCAUUCUCCUUUCAUGUGUUUCUUUUUCAAGAUGCUUAGUUUCUUUCUUCUUCCAUUCUCCUUUCAUGUAUCCUUAGUUUCUUUCUUCUUCCAUUCUCCUUUCAUGUGUUUCUUUUUCAAGAUGCUUAGUUUCUUUCUUCUUCCAUUCUCCUUUUCAUGUGUUUUUCUUUUUCAAGAUGCUUAUUUCUUUCUUCUUCCAUUCUCCUUUCAUGUGUUUUUCUUUUUCAAGAUGCUUAGUUUCUUUUCUUUCUUCCAUCUCCUUUCAUGUGUUUUUUUCAAGAUGCUUAGUUUCUUUCUUCUUCCAUUCUCCUUUCAUGUGUUUCUUUUUUUCAGAUGCUUAGUUUCUUUUAUUCUUCCAUUCUCCUUUCAUGUAUCCUUAGUUUCUUUCUUUCCUUCCAUUCUCCUUUCAUGUGUUUCUUUUUCUAGAUCCUUAGUUUCUUUCUUCUUCCAUUCUCCUUUCAUAUCCUUAGUUUCUUUCUUCUUCCAUUCUCCGUUCAUGUGUUUGUUUUUCAAGAUGCUUAGUUUCUUUCUUCUUCCAUUCUCCUUUCAUCCUUUUGUUUCAUUUUCCCUAUAUUAUCCUUUCAUUUGUUUCUUUUUUCUAAAUCUUUCGUUUCGUUUUCCUACAUUAUCCUUUCCUCUAUUACUUUUCCUAUAUCUACCGUUUCUGUUUCUUUUCUUCAUCUGGAUGUCAUUUCACCUUUCUUAUUUCUUUUUAUUGUCUUUUUUUAUACCUUUUCUUUCAUUGCUUUUUCUCUUCCUUUUUUUCUUUCUUUCCUCUUGCAUCCAAUUCUCUCUUGCUCCUUUUUCUUUUCUUUUUUCUUCUGUUUUAAUUUCUCUCUUUCUUUCGUUUUGUUUUUUUUUUCUUUCUUUUUUCCACCGCCUUUCAUUACAUCCCUCCUUUCGCUUUUUCUUUCACUUCUUUUAA